AUGAUCCGAAGCCACCCCUCGAAGGGCCAUCAAAAAACGGCCUCUCACUCUUCAAUUGAUCUGGCUCGUCAAUAUGAGCUUGACAUGUCCAAAAUCAACAAAUAUCUGUUCAGGGAGACGGAUCAGUCUGGCCGUCGGGCUGAGAAGUAUCUGGCACAUGUCCGUAUCAUUGAGGACUCAAAGUCCCAGUCUGAACGCCCACCCGACAACAGUCCCGCCCAGAAUAAGAAGGACCGUAUACUGAUAUUGUCCGUGAGGUCGUCGGGAAGGAUCCGUUUGCACAAGGCGAGGGAGAACCCGGACUCCAGUGUCCAGAUCGGUAGAACCUGGGAUUUUGAAGAGCUCGUUAAAAUUGAGCUUGAUCCAGAAGUUCCGACAGGUUUUAUCUUUGAGAUGGGCAAGAGGUAUUACUGGGAAACAAGUUAUCCCAAAGAACGGAGGGUCUGGCUUACAUCUGUGCUGGAGCAUUACAUCAGGUACACCGGGGGAAAGAAGCUUCCCCAGCUGGUCAAUUGUUCGGUCGACUAUUUCCAUUUGGAGCCCCUUUUACAAAAGUUUGUCCACAAGCUUCCGAGUCGCUCUGCAACCGCAGAGAGCUCAACAACGAUGACCAGCGAAACACGUACAGGGACUUCGGCUACAACAGCAACUGCCAACAGUUCGCCUCGAACACGUAUUUCAUCUCCCAUUCCAGUUCCGGGAACCGGAUCUCCAUCGAGGGCGGGGAUCUACAGCAAAAGUGACAUGCGUUUGAGAGAAGUUCAACGAACGACUUCUGCUCUCAAGGGUCUAGACAAAGAGCGGGAUCGCAAAGAACAGGAGCGCAAAGAACAGGAGUGUAAAGAAGAGGAGAGAAAAGAACGCGAGCGCAAAGAACAGGAGAGAAAAGAAAAUGAGCGCAAGGAACGCGAGAGAAUUGAAAGGGAGCGCAGAGAACAGGAAGCGAGAGCACAACAGUUAAGAGAGCAGCAGCGGAAGGAACAACAGCGCGAGAUGGAAAGUGCUGAGGCGGAAAAACGCGAGAAGGAACGUUUAGAGCAAAAAAGGCAAGAGAUCGAGUUUCGUGAGAGACAACAACAGGAACAGAGGCUAGAGAUGGAAUUACUUGAGCAGUCCAGACGAGAGAUGGAAAAAGCACAAACCCUAACUGCUUUGAAAAAUAACAGGGGAUCCACGUCUGCAAGAUCAGUCAAGUCAAUCGAAUUUAUAGGGCAUCGCAAGUCUCACCAUGAGAUUGAAGAACUGACCCAAGACGAUGAGUACGAGACUGUGUUCGACGACUAUGCUGAUGACGAACCAGAAACAGCCCCAUUGAACUUGAGCCCGAACACUUUGCCAGAAAAGCCGGAGAUUUCCACCAAUUCACUGAAAGUGCCAUCUCCAGUUCCUCAUAAUGUUGGGAAGGCAGAGAAAUUUGUGCCUGACUUCGAUAUCUCUGACGAAGAAGAAGAAAAUACAACCAUGGAUUUGCUGAGACCUCAUGCCAGAUCCAGGGCUUUCAGCAGGGUCGACACUGAAAAUCCAAAAGGCGGAGAUCUCUCUGAACUUUUCGAUGAGAUAGGGUGGGACCCCAAGACGGACGACUCCAAAUCGUUGCAGAAGAAGCUGCUUAAGGAAUUGGAAAGAAUUCAGUUCAAGAGGAUCGAAUCAUUGACGGAUGUGGUAGGCUCUACAUCAGCAGUGAACCAAGCCAUCAACAUGUCGAUCAAAGAAUGUCAGUCUAUUGACCCCAUCUUGGCCUUUUACGGAAUACAACUGGCCUCUUUCCAAGAUGAAGUUGAUUAUAUAGAGAAGCAAGGAAAAGGUCUACAAGUUGAGACGACGAACAAAAAGCUUCUCAUGAAAGAGCUUAACGAGAUCUUGCAUUCUGUGGACAUUUCUGAUCAGGAGCUGACUCGUUUGUUGAACGAGCGCAUUACCAUCGGUGAACAAAAUGAGGGUAUCGAGGCUGCUUUAGGCAAUUUGUAUGCGGCGUUGAUGAAGAUCAGAGGCAACGAUUCCGAUGAUGAAGAAAUGGGUCAAAUGAGAGCUCUUGAAGAAAAGAAGUCCAAGUACGAGAAGGCCGCGACCAGGUUUGUGAGUGGCUUCAAAAAACAAUUCAGUCAGCUGGUGAAGGCAUCGGUGACCAGUCUGAAUUCAAAACUUCAGACAGAAAAGUCGUUCGAUUCUCUGAAUUCGGCUCUUGAGCGUAAGCUUGCUGAACUGAUGACGUUGCAGGGCUCGGUGGCAUUUGUGAAACAAGUUUCACCAGAAGAUUAUAAGCAGAUGCUCGACGAGCAUAAGGAGGCUUAUUCACAGUUCUAUAUGAACUUUGUUUCAGUUCUUGUUGAAAGACUUGUUUCCGAAAAGCAAAAUGACAAGGUUUCAUCUUUUUCGUUUAAUAGCGAACCAAAAGAUAUUAUCCUUGGAACAACCAAACGAGCUAGGUCGACAGCUGAAUCCAAAAAGUUGCCGUCGAACACAAAAAUCUUGCAGGAGCUUGGUCUGAGCACGCCGUCUCCGGAGUCUCUCAGCAGCUCGCAGGAACCAAUGGAAAAGCAUACUUUUGCGACGGCGCUUUUAGACCUGUUGAGGCUGUUCUUCAAUACGGUUAUUACGCACCAACGCUUUGUGAUUCAAUUCUUCUCGUUGUCAUCUUCUGAAGAGUACAAUUUUGUCAAGAUGAUCAAAAAACCACUUGCUCUGCGGGUGCGCGAAUUCACUGAUUCCGAUGUUUCUCACAUGGAAGCAGACCGUGACGUUAGUGACCAGACUUUCAAUCUCAUGCAUAUGAUCGUUGGAGAGUCGAUCUACAAGUUAUUCAAGUUUGUGUCGAAAAUCGUCAAGGAAGACAUGCUAGAAUUUCCAGUCAUUUCAUUGUUUGCUGAGAAACUCAUUGCCGAGCUUUCGUCGACAGGUCAAGAAUAUGUGGUUCACUCGCUGGGCCGAAUGGACUCAAAGCUUGUCCUCAUAUGGACGAGACACAUUGAUAAGCAGCUGCAUAUUAUGGAAAAAGAGCCCGUUGGUUUCAAAGUUUACAAAUUUAGUAAAGCCUUCCCUGAAUUCUCCCGUCGUGUUGAAGAGAUGAUGGCCUUGAAUGGAGCUACGAGUGUCUCAGGAUAUGCCAUCAAGCAACAGCUAGACAGUGACUACAACAAACUAUGGGAGGGCCUCGACAGUUGUCUCCAUAGAAAUGCUCAAAUCAUGGGACAGCAUGAUGUCCUCCUUGCCAGAACGGCGAGCGAGAACAUUCGGCUAGAGCUUACCAAAACAGUACCAUCUGUCGUUGAAACGGUAGCAAGCCACCUGGUUCUGCUACUUAACUAUACAUGGCUGAGUGAAGAAGUCAAGAAUCUGGACACUUUGCCUUCUGCCAUCAGAUCAAAGAUCGAGGAGUUGAAGUCCAGCGAGCUCAGCGAUUUCUGUGAUUCUUAUGCCAAGACCACUGUUAUAGGAGAGCUCAUGUCGGUGCUGGAUGGCAUCGAGGGGCUGAUCAAGUCUCAUACGAACCCAUCUCGCACAAACGCGUACUCAACCGCCAAUAUGAGCAAGCUUUUGAAAAAGUUCGAGUCGUCCAAGCUGAAGACCUAUAUUAAGCAGCUCUCGACAGAGCUUUCAUCGCAGAUCAUGGGCAAGAUGACGUGUGGUGAGGAAAGCGAGAUCAGUCGAAAAGUUGCCCAGGAAAUGGAGAAGGAUCUCUUCAACAACUGUUUGAACUCACUGUGCAUCAUAUACAACGUCAGUUUCUCGAAGCUGAACCAAAUUCUCAAAGAUUACUACGAAUCGCUCUCCAACCCGGUCGAUAAAAUCGUUAUCAAUUAUAACUUCAGCAAGGAGUAUCUUUGA